AUGGCGAGCCUCGCCGCGCUCGCCCUCAGCCUGCUCCUGAGGCUGCAGCUGCCGCCGCUGCCCGGCGCCCGGGCUCAGAGCGCCGCAGGUGGCUGUUCCUUUGAUGAGCACUACAGCAACUGUGGUUAUAGUGUGGCUCUAGGGACCAAUGGGUUCACCUGGGAGCAGAUUAACACAUGGGAGAAACCAAUGCUGGACCAGGCGGUGCCCACAGGAUCUUUCAUGAUGGUGAACAGCUCUGGGAGAGCCUCUGGCCAGAAGGCCCACCUUCUCCUGCCGACCCUGAAGGAGAAUGAUACCCACUGCAUCGACUUCCAUUACUACUUCUCCAGCCGUGACAGGUCCAGCCCAGGGGCCUUGAACGUCUACGUGAAGGUGAAUGGUGGCCCCCAAGGGAACCCCGUCUGGAAUGUGUCCGGGGUCGUCACUGAGGGCUGGGUGAAGGCAGAACUCGCCAUCAGCACUUUCUGGCCGCAUUUCUAUCAGGUGAUAUUUGAAUCCGUCUCAUUGAAGGGUCAUCCUGGCUACAUUGCUGUGGACGAAGUCCGGGUGCUUGCUCAUCCGUGCAGAAAAGCACCUCAUUUUCUGCGACUCCAAAACGUGGAGGUGAAUGUGGGGCAGAAUGCCACAUUUCAGUGCAUUGCUGGUGGGAAGUGGUCUCAGCAUGACAAGCUUUGGCUCCAGCAAUGGAAUGGCAGGGACACGGCCCUGAUGGUCACCCGUGUGGUCAACCACAGGCGCUUCUCAGCCACGGUCAGCGUGGCAGACACUGCCCAGCGGAGCGUCAGCAAGUACCGCUGUGUGAUCCGCUCUGACGGUGGUUCUGGUGUGUCCAACUACGCGGAGCUGAUUGUGAAAGAGCCUCCCACGCCCAUUGCUCCCCCAGAGCUGCUGGCUGUGGGGGCCACAUACCUGUGGAUCAAGCCAAAUGCCAACUCCAUCAUCGGGGAUGGCCCCAUCAUCCUGAAGGAAGUGGAAUAUCGCACCACCACAGGCACCUGGGCGGAGACCCACAUAGUCGACUCUCCCAACUACAAGCUGUGGCAUCUGGACCCCGACGUUGAGUAUGAGAUCCGAGUGCUCCUCACGCGACCAGGUGAGGGGGGUACCGGACCGCCAGGGCCUCCCCUCACCACCAGGACCAAGUGUGCAGAUCCGGUGCAUGGCCCACAGAACGUGGAAAUCGUAGACAUCCGAGCCCGGCAGCUGACCCUGCAGUGGGAGCCCUUCGGCUACGCGGUGACCCGCUGCCAUAGCUACAACCUCACCGUGCAGUACCAGUACGUGUUCAACCAGCAGCAGUACGAGGCCGAGGAGGUCAUCCAGACCUCUUCCCACUACACCCUGCGAGGCCUGCGCCCCUUCAUGACCAUUCGGCUGCGACUCCUGCUGUCUAACCCCGAGGGCCGAAUGGAGAGCGAGGAGCUGGUGGUGCAGACUGAGGAAGAUGUUCCAGGAGCUGUUCCUCUAGAAUCCAUCCAAGGGGGGCCCUUUGAGGAGAAGAUCUACAUCCAGUGGAAACCUCCCAAUGAGACCAAUGGGGUCAUCACGCUCUAUGAGAUCAACUACAAGGCCGUUGGCUCGCUGGACCCAAGUGCUGAUCUCUCCAGCCAGAGGGGGAAAGUGUUCAAGCUCCGGAAUGAAACCCACCACCUGUUUGUGGGUCUGUACCCAGGGACCACCUAUUCCUUCACCAUCAAGGCCAGCACAGCAAAGGGCUUUGGGCCCCCUGUCACCACUCGGAUCGCCACCAAAAUUUCAGCUCCAUCCAUGCCUGAGUACGACACAGACACCCCACUGAAUGAGACGGACACGACCAUCACAGUGAUGCUGAAACCCGCUCAGUCCCGGGGAGCCCCUGUCAGUGUUUAUCAGCUGGUUGUCAAGGAGGAACGACCACAGAAGUCACGGAGGGCAGCUGACAUUAUUGAGUGCUUUUCGGUGCCUGUGAGCUAUCGGAAUGCCUCCAGCCUCGAUUCUCUACACUACUUUGCUGCUGAGUUGAAGCCUGCCAACCUGCCUGUCACCCAGCCAUUUACAGUGGGUGACAAUAAGACAUACAAUGGCUACUGGAACCCUCCUCUCUCUCCCCUGAAAAGCUACAGCAUCUACUUCCAGGCACUCAGCAAAGCCAAUGGAGAGACCAAAAUCAACUGUGUUCGUCUGGCUACAAAAGCACCAAUGGGCAGCGCCCAGGUGACCCCGGGGACUCCACUCUGCCUCCUCACCACAGGUGCCUCCACUCAGAAUUCUAACACUGUGGAGCCAGAGAAGCAGGUGGACAACACCGUGAAGAUGGCUGGCGUGAUCGCUGGCCUCCUCAUGUUCAUCAUCAUUCUCCUAGGCGUGAUGCUCACCAUCAAAAGGAGAAGAAAUGCUUAUUCCUACUCCUAUUACUUGAAGCUGGCCAAGAAGCAGAAGGAGACCCAGAGUGGAGCCCAGAGGGAGAUGGGGCCUGUGGCCUCUGCUGACAAACCCACCACCAAGCUCAGCACCAGCCGCAAUGAUGAAGGCUUCUCUUCUAGUUCUCAGGACGUCAACGGAUUCACAGAUGGCAGCCGUGGGGAGCUUUCCCAGCCCACCCUCACGAUCCAGACUCAUCCCUACCGCACCUGUGACCCUGUGGAGAUGAGUUACCCCCGGGACCAGUUCCAGCCUGCCAUCCGGGUGGCUGACUUGCUGCAGCACAUCACACAGAUGAAGAGAGGCCAGGGCUACGGGUUCAAGGAGGAAUACGAGGCCUUACCAGAGGGGCAGACAGCUUCGUGGGACACAGCCAAGGAGGAUGAAAACCGCAAUAAGAAUCGAUAUGGGAACAUCAUAUCCUACGACCAUUCCCGGGUGAGACUGCUGGUGCUGGAUGGAGACCCGCACUCUGACUACAUCAAUGCCAACUACAUUGACGGAUACCAUCGACCUCGGCACUACAUCGCAACUCAAGGUCCAAUGCAGGAGACUGUAAAGGACUUUUGGAGAAUGAUCUGGCAGGAGAACUCUGCCAGCAUCGUCAUGGUCACAAACCUGGUGGAAGUGGGCAGGGUGAAAUGUGUGCGAUACUGGCCAGAUGACACGGAGGUCUAUGGAGACAUUAAAGUCACCCUGAUUGAAACAGAGCCCCUGGCAGAAUAUGUCAUACGCACCUUCACAGUCCAGAAGAAAGGCUACCAUGAGAUCCGGGAGCUCCGCCUCUUCCACUUUACCAGCUGGCCUGACCACGGCGUUCCCUGCUAUGCCACUGGCCUUCUGGGCUUCGUCCGCCAGGUCAAGUUCCUCAACCCCCCAGAAGCAGGGCCCAUAGUGGUCCACUGCAGUGCUGGGGCUGGGCGGACUGGCUGCUUCAUUGCCAUUGACACCAUGCUUGACAUGGCCGAGAAUGAAGGGGUGGUGGACAUCUUCAACUGCGUGCGUGAGCUCCGGGCCCAGAGGGUCAACCUGGUACAGACAGAGGAGCAAUAUGUGUUUGUGCACGAUGCCAUCCUGGAAGCGUGCCUCUGUGGCAACACUGCCAUCCCUGUGUGUGAGUUCCGUUCUCUCUACUACAAUAUCAGCAGGCUGGAUCCCCAGACGAACUCCAGCCAAAUCAAAGAUGAAUUUCAGACCCUCAACAUUGUGACACCCCGUGUGCGGCCCGAGGACUGCAGCAUUGGGCUCCUGCCCCGGAACCAUGAUAAGAAUCGAAGCAUGGACGUGCUGCCUCUGGACCGCUGCCUGCCCUUCCUCAUCUCGGUGGACGGAGAAUCCAGCAAUUACAUCAACGCGGCACUGAUGGAUAGCCACAAGCAACCUGCCGCCUUCGUGGUCACCCAGCACCCUCUACCCAACACCGUGGCAGACUUCUGGAGGCUGGUGUUUGAUUACAACUGCUCCUCUGUGGUGAUGCUGAAUGAGAUGGACACGGCCCAGUUCUGUAUGCAGUACUGGCCUGAGAAGACCUCCGGGUGCUACGGGCCCAUCCAGGUGGAGUUCGUCUCCGCAGACAUCGACGAGGACAUCAUCCACAGAAUAUUCCGCAUCUGUAACAUGGCCCGGCCACAGGACGGUUAUCGUAUAGUCCAGCACCUCCAGUACAUUGGCUGGCCUGCCUACCGGGACACUCCCCCCUCCAAGCGCUCUCUGCUCAAAGUGGUCCGACGACUGGAGAAGUGGCAGGAGCAGUAUGACGGGAGGGAGGGACGCACUGUGGUCCACUGCCUAAAUGGGGGAGGCCGUAGUGGAACCUUCUGUGCCAUCUGCAGUGUGUGUGAGAUGAUCCAGCAGCAAAACAUCAUUGACGUGUUCCACAUCGUGAAAACACUGCGUAACAACAAAUCCAACAUGGUGGAGACCCUGGAACAGUAUAAAUUUGUAUACGAGGUGGCACUGGAAUACUUAAGCUCCUUUUAG